GGCUGCAGCCAUGUUGUCCGUACUUUGCCUGCUGGCAGCCUCGCUGGCCGCCGUCAGCGCCCAAUGGGACCCCAACGUGGCGAACGGCCGUAGCGCCAUGGUCCACCUGUUCGAGUGGAAGUGGGUGGACAUUGCUUCCGAGUGCGAGGGAUUCCUGGCGCCCAAGGGCUAUGCUGGCGUACAGGUAUCUCCGCCCAACGAAUACAUGGCCAUCACUUCCAACAACAGGCCUUGGUGGGAGAGGUACCAGCCUGUCUCCUACAGGAUCGUCAGCCGUUCUGGUUCGGAGGCCCAGUUCACUGACAUGGUGAACCGCUGCAACAACGUCGGCGUACGGAUCUACGUGGACGCGGUGAUCAACCACAUGAGCGCCUCGUGGAACGGCCUCAGCGGCGUGGGCGGCAGCAAGCCCAGCGGCUACAGCUACCCGGACGUGCCGUACGGCACCAACGACUUCCACCAGCCGCCCUGCACCGUCAACAACUACAACGACGCCAACAACGUACGUAACUGCGAGCUGUCCGGACUUCACGACCUUAAUGACGGGUCUGAUUACGUACGGGGAAAGAUCGUGGAAUACAUGAACAAGCUUAUCGGCAUUGGUGUCGCAGGUUUCAGGAUUGACGCAGCCAAGCAUAUGUGGCCAGACAACCUCGGUAAAAUCUAUGGCGCACUGAGCAACCUCAACAGCAACUACUUUGGCAGUGGCAAGCGACCAUUGAUCUACCAGGAAGUCAUAGACCCAGGUACUGAGGCCGUGAAGAAAAGCGAGUACGUCGGGAUGGGAAGAGUCUGCGAAUUCAAGUACGGAACAGAGCUCGCAAACUGCUUCAACAGGAAAAACCCGAUGAAGUACCUUUCCAACUUUGGCGAAAGCUGGGGCCUUGUCAACGGAAACAACGCUCUCGUGUUCAUCGACAACCAUGACAACCAGAGGGGUCACGGUGGUGGUGGCAGCGUCAUAACCUUCCAGAACCCUAAACUGUACAAGAUGGCGAACGCCUUCAUGUUGGCGUGGCCGUUCGGCUUCCCACGAGUGAUGUCCAGCUACGAAUUCAGCAGCUCAGAUGACGGACCCCCACAGGACAGCAACCAGGCCAUCAUCACUCCCACCAUCAACUCUGACGGCUCCUGCGCCCGCCCGUGGGUGUGCGAGCACCGCUGGAGGCAGAUCUACAACAUGGUCGGAUUCAGGAACAACGCGGGAACUACGACGAUGGCCAACUGGUGGGACAAUGGCAACUACCAGAUCGCUUUCUCCAGAGGAAACACUGGUUUCAUUGCCAUUAACAACGAGGCCAAUUCUGACCUGAAACAAACCCUUCAGACUGGUCUGCCCGCUGGUUCAUACUGUGACGUCAUUUCUGGUGACAAGAGUGGAAGCAGCUGCACGGGCAAGACGAUCACCGUCAACGGCGACGGAACGGCCUACAUCGAAAUCCCUUACAACCAGGACGAUGGCGUCGUGGCUAUCCACACCGGUCCUGACAUUGACCUUUUUGUUAUUAAGACUUUCAGUCUUUACUCUAAUGAAAUGAGUUACGAAAAUACAUAUUAA